GGAGGGAUUCCGGGCGCGCGCGCUGCGGCCGUCGGCGCGGAGCUUGUGGCGCCAGAAUUCGGAGCGCGGAAGAGCCUGAGCGGCUGUUGCCGGGUUUCGGGUGCGUCUCCCGCCGCGGACGCCCGGGCGAGGAAGGAGAGAAGAUGGUGGUCCUCCGCAGCAGCCUUGAGCUGCACAGCCACCCCGCUGCCUCGGCCACGGACUCUCUGGACCUGUCCAGCGAGUUCCUCAGCCUGAAGCAGAUCGGCCGGAGGCGGCUCCGCUCGGCCGGCGCCGCUGAGCAGUCCGCCGUCACCGUGGCCGCCGCGGGCGUGAGUACCGGCCUGGAGCGGGCCCCUCGGGCCGGGCCUGGGGGACUGUCGGCGGCCCGUUGCCCGGAUGGGUCUUCAGUUAAGGAAGUUGAAACCUACCACCGGACACGUGCUUUAAGAUCCUUGAGAAAAAAUGCACAGAAUUCUUCAGAUUCUAGUUUUGAUAAGAAUACGGAAAUAUCGGAGAAACAUACUAAUGGCAGGCAUUUUACAAGGCAGUUGGCCAGACAGCAGGCUGAUAAAAAAAAAGAAGAGUGCAAAGAAGACAAAGUAAUUACAGUUACUCGGUCAUUGAGGACUAGAAACAUAGUUCAAAAGACAGAACGCUUGCAUGAAGAGAAUGGUGAUGUUGAAGUUCGCCGAAGUUGCAGGAUUAGAAGUCGUUAUGGUAGCAUGAACCAGUCUGUACUAUUUGACAAACUUAUAACAAACACUGCUGAAGCUGUACUUCAAAAAAUGGAUGAUAUGAAGAAGAUGCGUAGACAGCGAAUGAGAGAACUUGAAGACUUGGGAGUGUUUAAUGAAACAGAAGAAGGGAAUCUUAAUAUGUACACAAGAGGAAAACAAAAAGCUAUUCAAAGAACUGAUGAAGAAACAACUGACAAUCAAGAAGGCAGUGUGGAGUCAUCUGAAGAGGGUGAAGACCAAGAAGAUGAAGAUGAUGGUGAAGAUGAAGAUGAUGAUGAAGAAGAUGAUGAUGAUGAAGAUGAAGAUGAUGAUGAUGAAGAUGAUGACGAUGAAGAUGAAGAGGAUGGAGAGGAAGAUAAUCAGAAGCGAUAUUAUCUUAGACAGAGAAAAGCUACUGUUUACUAUCAGGCUCCAUUGGAAAAACCUCGUCAUCAGAGAAAGCCCAACAUAUUUUAUAGUGGCCCAGCUUCUCCCACAAGACCAAGAUAUCGAUUAUCUUCUGCGGGACCAAGAAGUCCUUAUUGUAAACGAAUGAACAGGCGAAGGCAUGCAAUCCACAGUAGUGACUCUACUUCAUCUUCCUCUUCUGAAGAUGAACAACACUUCGAGAGGCGAAGAAAAAGGAGCCGCAAUAGAGCUAUCAACAGGUGCCUCCCACUAAAUUUUCGGAAAGAUGAAUUAAAAGGAAUUUAUAAAGAUCGAAUGAAAAUUGGAGGAAGCCUUGCUGAUGUUGAUCCAAUGCAACUAGAUUCUUCAGUGCGAUUUGAUAGUGUUGGUGGCUUGUCUAAUCAUAUUGCAGCUCUAAAAGAGAUGGUGGUGUUUCCAUUACUUUAUCCAGAAGUCUUUGAAAAAUUCAAAAUUCAACCUCCAAGAGGUUGUUUGUUUUAUGGUCCACCUGGAACUGGAAAAACUCUGGUUGCUAGAGCACUUGCCAAUGAAUGCAGUCAAGGGCAUAAAAGAGUAGCAUUUUUCAUGAGGAAAGGUGCUGAUUGUCUGAGUAAGUGGGUAGGAGAAUCCGAAAGACAGCUGCGAUUGCUAUUUGAUCAGGCCUAUCAGAUGCGCCCAUCAAUUAUUUUCUUUGAUGAAAUCGAUGGUCUGGCUCCAGUACGAUCAAGCAGGCAAGAUCAAAUUCACAGUUCAAUUGUUUCUACCCUGCUAGCUCUUAUGGAUGGAUUGGACAGCAGAGGAGAAAUUGUCAUCAUUGGCGCUACCAACAGACUGGAUUCUAUCGAUCCUGCUUUACGAAGGCCUGGUCGUUUUGACAGAGAAUUCCUUUUUAGCCUACCUGAUAAAGAUGCUCGAAAAGAAAUUCUAAAGAUUCACACAAGGGAUUGGAAUCCUAAACCACUGGACACAUUUCUAGAAGAACUAGCAGAAAACUGUGUUGGAUACUGUGGUGCAGAUAUUAAGUCAAUAUGUUCUGAGGCUGCUUUGUGUGCUCUGCGUCGACGCUACCCACAGAUCUAUACCACCAGUGAGAAACUACAGUUGGAUCUGUCUUCAAUUAAUAUCUCAGCUAAGGACUUUGAGUUAGCUAUGCAAAAGAUGAUACCAGCCUCCCAAAGAGCUGUGACAUCACCUGGGCAGGCACUGUCCACCAUUGUGAAACCACUCCUGCAAAGCACUGUUCACAAGAUCUUAGAAGCUCUGCAGAGAGUAUUUCCACAGGCGGAAAUCAGAACUAAAAAGGCAUUAGACUCAGAUAUUUCUUGUCCUCUUUUAGAAAGUGAUUUGGCAUACAGUGAUGAUGAUGUUCCAUCAGUAUAUGAAAAUGGACUUUCUCAAAAAUCCUUUAAUAAGGCAAAAGAAAAUUUUAAUUUUCUUCAUUUGAAUAGAAAUGCUUGUUAUCAACCUAUGUCUUUUCGACCAAGAAUACUGAUAGUAGGAGAACCAGGAUUUGGGCAAGGUUCUCAUUUAGCACCAGCUGUCAUCCAUGCUUUGGAAAAAUUUGCAGUAUACACAUUAGACAUUCCUGUUCUUUUUGGAGUCAGUGCUACAUCUCCUGAAGAAACAUGUGCCCAGAUGAUUCGUGAAGCUAAGAAAACAGCACCAAGUAUAGUGUAUGUUCCUCAUAUUCACUUGUGGUGGGAAAUAGUUGGACCAACACUUAAAGCCACAUUUACCACAUUAUUACAGAAUAUUCCUUCUUUUGCUCCAGUUUUACUACUGGCAACUUCUGACAAACCCCAUUCCACUCUACCAGAAGAGGUGCAAGAAUUAUUUAUCCAUGAUUAUGGAGAAAUUUUUAAUGUCCAGUUGCCUGGUAAAGAAGAACGGACACAAUUUUUUGAAGAUUUAAUUCUAAAGCAAGCUGCUAAGCCUCCUAUAUCAAAAAAGAAAGCAGUUUUGCAGGCCUUGGAGGUACUCCCUGUAGCACCACCACCUGAACCAAGACCAUUGACAGCAGAAGAAGUGAAACGACUAGAAGAACAAGAAGAAGAUACAUUUAGAGAACUAAGGAUUUUUUUAAGAAAUGUUACACAUAGGCUUGCUAUUGACAAGCGAUUCAGAAUAUUUACUAAACCUGUUGACCCUGAUGAGGUUCCUGAUUAUGUCACUGUAAUAAAGCAACCAAUGGACCUUUCAUCUGUAAUCAGUAAAAUUGAUCUCCACAAGUAUCUGACUGUGAAAGACUAUUUGAGUGAUAUCGAUCUAAUCUGUAGUAAUGCUUUAGAAUACAAUCCAGAUAGAGAUCCUGGAGAUCGUCUUAUUAGACAUAGAGCCUGUGCUUUAAGAGAUACUGCCUAUGCAAUAAUUAAAGAAGAACUUGAUGAAGACUUUGAGCAGCUUUGUGAAGAAAUUCAGGAAUCUAGGAAGAAGAGAGGUUGUAGCUCUUCCAGAUAUGCCCCAUCUUACUACCAUGUAAUGCCAAAGCAAAAUUCCACUCCUGCUGGUGAUAGAAGACCAAAUCCAGAGCAAAAUGAAAAGCUGAAGACCCCCAGUACUCCUAUGGCUUGCAGCACUCCUGCUCAGUUGAAGAGAAAAAUCCGCAAAAAGUCGAAGUGGUACUUAGGCACCAUAGCAAAACGAAGGAGGAUUUCACAGGCAAAAGAUGAUGGCCAAAAUGUCGUAGAUGACAAAAUUGAGAGUGAUACAGAGGAAAAUCAAGAUACAAGUGUAGACCACAAUGAGGCUGGAAACACAGGGGAGUCUUCAAUGGAGGAAAAUGAAAAGCAGCAAAACGCCUCUGAAAGCAGAAUAGAAUUGGGAAAUAAUAAUUCAAGUACUUGUUUUGAAAAUCAACUUGAAGAAUCUGGAAAGACUAUAGCAUGUACAGAAUUGAGGAAAGAUAAGAUCGCUUGCAAUGGAGAUGCUUCUGGCUCUCAGAUAACAGAUAUUUCUGAUGAAAAUGAAGCAAAAGAAAUGUGUGUCCUGCGGAUGACUCGAGCUAGACGUUCCCAGGUAGAGCAACAGCAGCUCAUCAGUGUCGAAAAGGCUUUGGCGAUUCUUUCUCAGCCGACACCCUCCCUUGUUGUGGACCCUGAGCGAUUAAAAAAUCUUUUGAAGACUGUUGUUAGAAAAAGUCAAGAAUACAAUAUUUUUCAGUUGGAAAAUUUGUAUGCUGUAAUCAGCCAGUGUAUUUAUCAGCAUCGCAGGGAUUAUGACAAGACAACACUUAUUCAGAAAAUGGAGCAAGAGAUAGAAAACUUCAGUUGUUCCAGAUCAUGAUGUCAUGGUACCAAAUAUUCUUUAUAUUCCGUUCCUAUUUAAUUCACCUUUGUCAUGUUGACACAACUGAUGCAAGAUGAAAUCCUGCAUCUUUAAGGAAAAGAUUAAAAUAGUAAAUAAAAAUAUUUAAACUUUUCUGGUAUUUAUGUACAUGUGUACGAUAAAUUACAGAGAUAACUGAUAAAUAUUGGAAUUUUCAUUGAGUCACUGUAGUAUAGUAUUCCUGUGGUUAUCAGUAGUUAAAGUGUGGCCAAUUCUUAAUAAAGUUAUUUUGAUAACUAAUGUUUAUGGCACUUAAGAGUAAUUAGUGACAUUGACAUUCUUUUGUUUUAAGCACUUUUAAUUUUAUCCUUCCUAAAAAUAGUUUAUUGUGUCAGACUAGAAACUUACUUAACCAUUGUCUCUUUGCCAUCAUUUGUCAUCUUUGUUUUCUUCAAUGCCCAUCUCCCAUCUGCCUUUAGCGUCCCCGCCUGUUCACUUAAAAGCUAGUGUUCAAGUAGUGAUUUGCAGGAGGGCCCUUGAACAACUUCUAGCUGCACCACAAUUCUGUACUUGAAGGUCAAAAUUAAUGCUUUUUAGAUAAACUUUUUUUAUAAUUCUCAUUUGGAUUAAUAAAAAUUUUAAAUAUUUUUUGGUUUACUUUUAUGAUUAUAUAUACAACAAAUAUAUUAAUGACUACUUUGUUAAACAUCUUUUUAAUAGCACGAAAUUUUUAUAUUUGAAAACUAUUUAUAUCCUUCUAAAUGUGUUUAGGUUGUAGUCUAUAGAUACCUUUUAUAUACAAUUAUGUAAAUAUUAUAAAUUUUGUAUUAAUGAUACCAAAAAUACAUUUCUUUCUUAAAGCAAUAAAAACAUUCACUGCCAUGCAUAUUCACUCCCUUCCCCCCCUACCACCAUGGUUUUUCUUUUUAGGAGACAUUCUACUAUUAGUUUGUGAAAUAGCUUCUGUUGGAAACUUCUUUUGAGGGGAAUAGGGGAUAAUGAUCUCAUAUGAGAGAUUCUGGAUUCUAAUACAGUUUCUGAGUUAAACUGCCUUUUGUUGUCGUUUUAUCUGGAUAUUGUAUUUAAAGCCUUCUAAAACUCAAUUCAGAUACCUUAAUUAGUAGAUACUGUCUUAUGUAAUGCGUGAUGCAAUGCGAGUCACUGAAAACGUUUAAGUACCUGUAUAUUCCUGGAUUCGCAUAGACACACACGUACUCAUUUUUAGUGAAGUUUAUUAUAACUUAUUCUAGAUGCAUUUUUUAUAACUAGGAUUUUAUUUUAUAUGUCUAGCUUCUGUAAUAAAUUUUAAAGGUGAAAAUUGCUUCUCAA